GAUCGGGAUCCACGUCGACCCACACUUGCAACGUUCACUAGACUCGGUCUCUUUUAAACGUCUUUCCGCUUAACACGUUCGCACGCGCAUAUUACCAAGGACCCACAGAUUCGGACACGUUACAUCCAACAAACGCGAGUAUCGAUCUCUAGUACUCUCGCGAGUAGUCAUUAAAGCUUCCUUCCUUCCUCCUUUUUCAAAUUUCUUUUAAUAAUAUAAAAGCAACAGUGACGUCAAUGACCGUUGUGCAUUUCCUCCUCAACCUCACUUCGCUUCUCUGUAUUUCUCCGGCCAAAUUCCAACGGUCAUUUUUUAGAAAAACUCAAUUAGGCCAUUUCAGAGCAAACAUUCCGUUCCUCCGUUCAGAUUGCUCUGGAAUUUGUUGACAUUGCUUUCUACUUACUGGGAAAAGUGGUUUGUUUUGGUGUUCGGAUUCAUGUUGAGACGGUCUCCCGUGAAAAAUUAGGGUUUCAAGACGGGGUCUUUUGAACGGAAAUAAUGGUUGCUGCUGUUUCGACGACGUUGAAUCCUAAAACCGUGGCUCAGUCUCAGGGAGUAUCUCACUCUCAAAACUCUAUGAGACCGCCUCUUUUACCUUCUGAUCCCGACCAUGGUGCCGCCGCACGACGACCUAAAUCUCGAGAAGUCACUUCUAGAUACUUGUCAUCUUCCUCUUCCUCUUCCUCUUCUUCUGCAUCGGUUCUGAGACGAUGUCCCUCCCCUUCGGUUUCUGGAAUAUCUACUUCGACGACUGUUCUGACUCCGAUGCCAUCCUCGUUCAGGCGGUCGGAAUCCGUGGAGAGGCCACACAGGGGCACUCCGCAUCCUAAUUCGUUGGAUUUCAGAUUUGGUCAUGGUAAUGGUAGGGGUGAGAUGUCCGCUGCUCAGAAGCUGUUGUUCAAUUCGACGCGAAGCCUAUCGGUUUCUUUUCAAGGUGAAUCAUUUCCAUUGCAGGUAAGCAAGUCAAAGCCUGCACCGACUCCUGGCGUUCGGAAGGGUACGCCUAGAGGUACUGGGGGCAGUGCCGGAGCCGAUCAAACUGAGAAUAUGAAGCCAGUAGAUCAGCAGCGGUGGCAGGGUAGUCACCGGCAGGCGAAUUGUAUGAGCAGGAGUUUGGAUUGUGUGGAUGAUCGGAAGAAGGUCGCUAGUGGGUCUGGGAAUGUAGUCAGAGCUCUGCAGAAUUCGUUUGCCGAAGACAGAUCUUCAUUUGAUGGAAGACUUAGUUCUGAUUCUGGAAAGGUAGAAUUGGAGAAGGCGGUAGAGCCUCUUGCCGAAGGAAUUUCAGCUAGUAGUUUAGACAUUUCGUCCGAUUCUGAUAGCGUGUCUUGUAGUAGUAAUUCGGGAACGCAGGAGGGUGGUGCCGGAAAAGGACAGCGUGGCCCUCGAGUUGUUGUAGUACCGGCAAGAGUCUGGCAGGAGACUAACAAUCGGUUGCGGCGGCAACCAGAGCUGGGUUCCCCGUCAUCUAAAAACACUGGAGCAAAAGCAUUACCUUCGAAAGUAAAUAUUUCCAAGAAGCAUUCAAUUGAUAGUCAAGCAUCAUCUCCUCGCCAGGUUGCUAAUAACAAUAUGGAGCAGCCGUCUCCGGUUAAAUUUUCAAUUGGUCCUGCAUCCCCAAGUAAGCUUUUAGCAUCAUCCAUGUCCAUAUUAUCACCUUCAAAAGGAAGUCCAUCUCGUGUAAGAUGCUCAGUGACAAAUGGGUUUGGUAGUAGCUGGGGCAGCACACCAUCUACUUUGAGUUUUGCUAAUGAAGCUCGAAAGGGGAAAAUGGGAGAUAGUCGGAUGGUUGAUGCACAUUCAUUGAAGAUGUUGUACAAUAGGCUUUUACAGUGGCGUUUUCUGAAUGCUAAAGCAGACAUCACAUCUUCUGUCCAGCGCUUGAAUGCUGAGAGAAACCUCUUCAGUGCUUGGAAUGGUAUUUCAGAACUGCGCGAAUCUGUUAUAGCCAAAAGACACGAGUUGCAAUCACUACAGCACAAACUAAAGCUGGCUUCUAUCCUCAAGUCUCAAAUGACAUGUUUGGACGAGUUGGAUCUUCUGGAUCAAGACUUUUCAAGCUCUCUGUCUGGUAUUACAGAAGCUUUGGAAGCUAGAACCCUCCGCUUGCCAGUUGAUGAAGGGGCUAAGGCGGAUGUCCAAGAUGUCAAGGAUGCUAUUUGUUCAGCAGUUGAUGUGAUACAAGCAAUAACACCAUCCUUAAGCUUAUGGCUAUUAAAGGUUGGAGAUGUGAACUCUGCUGUAUCAAAACUUGCUGAUGUUAAUGCAAAUGAGCGUGCGUUGCUUGAUCAGUGCAACGAUCUGUUGUCUACAGUAGCAUCCAUGCAGGUAAAAGAAUUCAGCUUGAGAACACACGUAUUGCAAUUAGAACGCACACCAGCUCAAUAGAGAAGCGCAGGACAAGGAACAGGUAUCUGCUGACUGCACCAUUGACCUAAAGAUGAUGCCAACAAUUUGAACCCAUUCUUUUUACCAUAAUUCAUGAAACAAAAAGAAAUAAAAGAUCCACUGACAGAGUCUGUCAUAGAAGUUGGUGAGUGUUCCAUAGAUGGUAGGAAAUUUAUGGUGCUCAAAAGUGGAUCAAAAUUUUCAACAUUCAUGUACUUUCAUUCUAAUAGAGAAAGGCCAGGGCAAAAUUUCUUGUAAAUUUCUAAUGAUGUAGUUAUCAUUCAUUGCUUUUUUUCUCUCCCUGCCUUUUCUGGUCUCCAACUUUUGGUUUUUGUGAAAGCAUAGGGAAAUAGCGCUUGUGGUUGUGGCUAAUGAUAGAUUGAGUAUGAAAGCUCCUUUUGACUGGUUA